UAAUCAAUCAAUCCAUCGCCUUCCUCGACGCCAGAAAAUAAACUUCUCCCUGCCGUGGUUGGGAGAGAGAGAGAGAGAGAGAGAAAAGUCGCGUGCCGUCUCCUCGCCCACAGUCCGUCGGUAGCAAUGGCACAGGAGAGCUGGAAGGAGUCUGAGGAGACUGUCCAAACCCCCGAGGCGCCAAUAUUGUGCGUAAACAACUGUGGAUUCUUUGGCAACAGCAUGACAAACAACAUGUGCUCCAAGUGCUACAGGGAUUUCAUUAAGGUCGCCACGAUAGCCACCCCUGUAGUUCAGAAGAAAGUGUUUGCAGCGGCGUCAUCUUCCACGCUGCCGUUAGAACCAGCAAAGACGGAUGAAGCACCUGCAGCUACUGCGGCUGAUGGCCAGGCAGCGCAGGAACCUCCAAAGCCUCCCAGCAACCGAUGCCUUUCAUGCCGCAAGAAGGUCGGGUUGACCGGUUUCCAGUGCCGCUGUGGUGGAACCUUCUGCUCCAUGCACCGCUACGCCGACUCCCAUGAAUGCUCCUUCGACUACAAGAAGGCUGGUCGAGACCAGAUAGCCAAGCAGAAUCCUGUUGUGGUAGCUGAGAAGAUCAACAAGAUCUGAUUGAUGGUUACACAGGGUCCAGUUGCUUCCUUACCGGUCAUCAAGUUUACUUCAGUCAAUAGGUUCUCUUCAGGUCUGGGCUAGUGUGCUAGGGUCUCAAUUGUGUCUAUCAUCUCCUUAAUCAAUCAUGAUUUCAUUCUCUCGAUUAUGAAAUAAUUAUGUAAAUAUAUAUAUUCUAUUAUUCUUAACUGCAUUCCA